AUGGAAGAUAAGUUCUCACGCAAGUCACGUGUGGACGUUGAAUUCGAUUUCAAUAAACUUCGUCUCGACGAAACCAACACUAAUAAUAAUAAAAAUGAGUAUGACAACUACGACUUGCUUAUAAAACGUUCUCUAAGAAGAGAGAGCGCUGCUAUUUUCAAUACAUUUACUGAUGAGAUUCCUGAUACUUUAAAUUUCUUGAAUGACACAUUGGAUAUCAACGAUGCUGUUGACAACGAAGAAUACGAAAAUGAAAUUCGACGCGACGAUGUUGAACCUCUGAAUGUUGUGGUGUCUCCUUUAAAUACAGAAAUUCGAAAUUCACCAGCGAUGAUGAUAAAUCAUGCGCAAAAAAAGUUUCCUUCAUUAUAUUCAGUUGAAUUUUCUUUAAAAAAUCCAACCGAUAAAUUUACAAAUACAGUGACAAAUAUUACAAAUAACAAACCAAAGCUAUCAUCAUCAUUAUCGUUAUCGACAACACCUACUGAACCUCCAAAAUUCACCACGCCAUCAGAUGAAAAUAAGCCACCACAUUUAAAGACAGAAAAUUCAUCUAUUCUGCAGCUAGAAGAACAAGCUAAAGAAGCUCUCAAACAAUGGAAAGAAAUCGUCGUGUUCGAUCAAGACACGCCGCCUGUUUGCUUGACUCCAACUUCUAAUAAAUCAUUCAGGGACCAGUAUUUCGAAAUGCCGGAUUUCAAGUCACCAGAUCAAGUAGUUCGCUCAAUUCAUCGAUUGUUGCUUGGUCCUUUAGAAGUUGAUGACAAUAAUAAAGACGUGUCAAUACAAAAAUAUAAUGGUGAUUCUGAAAAUCAGAUAUUGUCAUCAGUACCAAGGAGUACUAAUAAUAGUACAAGGAACUCGCAAUAUUCUUCGACUAAAUCUUUUCUAUCGCGUGAGAUUAAAAAAAACAAUAAGAUUGAUCUGGAAGCAGAAAAGUUCUUCUUGAGCCGAACUACCACCAACACGAAUAACAACGUCAAUAAUAAUAGUAAUACAAAUGGCUUGUCGACAUUUUCGUCGCCUUAUUCAAAAAGAACAUUUGAUAAUAAUAAAAUCAAUAAUCUUCAGCAAAAUCAAGCAGCUCGCGAUGGUCAAAAUAAGUCAAUGUUAAUGCCGCGAGGAAUGAUUGCAAAACUAUCGACUCCUAAAUCUGUUGUAUCAUCGGCAGAAAAAAAGCAAAUCCCGAAGCCUCGAACUACAUCUACCUUUGCCUCACGUCUUGCUGCCAAACGAAAUGACCGGUUGAAUAUGGGACUAAAGCUUCUAGGGACGACAGGUCAAGACAGGAAUACCAUGAAAUGA